ACAGUACCUUAGUACCUUCUUCCUGGUCUGUGGUACUCUUUGAACGCCGCAAUUGAGUUUAUUUAUUUUUCAAUGUGUUAUACUUAUUUGUAUACAUGUAGUGUAAUGAAAUUAAAACGUUAAUGAACUGAGAAAAUAUGAAUACAUAUCAAGAUAACAUAAUAGUAAAUUCUUGCCAAUAUACACCAGUUUAUUUAGUGCAAGACACUGGCGCCAUUCAGGAACAAUGUUAUACAGUUGCCCAAAGUAAUGCAGACGAGGCGAAACCAUUAACUAAUAACCUCAAGAGAUUUUAUGAAAAUAGCGGCAUAUUUGAGAACAAUCAUGGAAACAAUGCUCCGAAUGUUUUAAAGCCACGAAUACUCAAAAAACAACAUAGCAAAUCAACAGGGAAUAACUUGAAAGUAGCUAAUUUUUUUCUACCAAAAAGUACCGAUGGUAAUAUACAAGAAAAUAACAACCUGAAUAAACAAUAUUUAACUUUAAACAACAUUGUAAUAAAACCAACCGUGACCCCUGCAAGUGUUAGUAAUACUGUGCCGAAAGUGGAAGUUGACAGAAAAAUUGUUAAACUUAAAAACUUUCCAAGUGCAUUUAAACAAUCACAAGAAAAAAUAUUACCAAAGAUCAAACCAAAGGAACAGCCACCUCUUGCGAAUCCUAUGAAACAUACCUCUGUACAAUUACUUAAGCUUGGUGAGACAUAUCACAGUCUCAACCAAUUAAGCAAUGAACAAAUGAAAAUGGUCAAUCAAGCCUUGAAGAUAUUUGACAAUCCUGAAAAAACAAAAUCAUUGGAACCAACAUAUGAUCCUGUAACAAACACUCACUUUAUUUAUAAAGUUGUAUCUCCAAAAUCAAUAUCUGUUGUUGGCAAAAAUAAAAUCACCACUAGCAACAGAAAAGAGGGAAAGAAAGAAUACAAAAAAGUCCAGGAACAAGAGAUGUUAAAACCUGACCCAGUGGCAAUGGGAGAGAAAAUAAAAAAGGAAAUUGAAGAAGACCCAGACCCACCUAUUGAAGUGAAGGUAACUAGAAGUGGUAGAAAAGUUAAAUUUCCAAAACAAAUGGUGCCUGAGAGAACUCUACACAAGCCUAAAAAGAAAACUGGUGCAAUAGUAUCAUGCUUCCAAUGCUUUACUGAAUUCUGCAGCUUAUAUCGAUUACAAAAACAUUAUCAGUACAAUCCCACACAUAUACCUGCUAAAAUACAUUCUAAUCUUUUCCACUGUUUGCUUGCCAUUGUCAAGAGUGGAUCUGAAGAAGAUAGAAGUAAUAUAUUUAUCCAACAGUUAGAGCUUCUAGUUGAAAAACUGAAAUCACUACUGCCUUGUCUAUUAUUAAACGAAAUUAACGGAAGUGAAAGCAAAUCGUGCACAAUAAAUGACGAAAUCGGAAGGUUAUUGGGUCUGAAUCCAGGAAAGUACAAUUUAAAUGUAGAUGCUCUCACCUGUGUUAAAGACAAUGAUGGAAAUUGCAAACACAAUCCCUCCUAUACUUCUAAUCCCUCACAAAUCAAUCAGAAUAAUCCAGAAUCAAAAAUACCUGACCAAAAUAGUUCUACCAAACAAAACAAUAUCACUAGUUUAAGUAAUGAUACAGAAGACUGCGCGAGAGUAAAUGCAGUUGAUAAAUGGCCUACAACUCAUAAGAGGCUUUGGAAUAAUAAACAAAAACAGAAGCAAAAAAUAGACGCAAAAAAAAUGAGACUGCUUUCAGAAAGCACCGAAUCAAUAAUAGAUAUGGGAAUAGAAGACUUAGUUAAUUUUGAACAUGAUGAAGGUGCAAUAAACGUGCAACCAAAAUCGUUAACUUUAUUAGACAAUUUAGACGUAAGUAAUGAAAACUCUAUACAAUCUAAAUUUGAUGAGAGUCAAAGUAAUACUGAUAUAUUAAGUGAUUCUAAUAAACCAUACCUUACGAACGAAACUUACACACAAUUUCAUAGCACGCACUUUGACAUAAGAUCAUCACCGAUAAAGCCUUCAGCGGCUGUAUUUCGUAGGUUUCAAAUUAAUCCUGAAAAACUUGCAAAAUAUGAUGAAGAUAUAAUUCGCCCCAUAGAAAAUAAACUAACUGAAAUUACAGAAAAAAACACAAUUCCUUGCGCCGAUGAAACCUCCGAUCUACAAAAUAUAUUUAGAGAUGAUCUAUCUAUCCAUCUUUCGCCAUGCAAAGACACGGCCGGCGAGAUAUGUCCAGAAUUAACGUUUGAAACAAGCAAAAAUUGGAUUGUUAUUGACGAUAAUUAUAAAUCAAACGAAAAUUUUAAAACAGAUGGUUUAGUUGAACCUUCUUCAUUACACGUUCAAGAAACAGUUACAGAUAAUUUAUCAAUAGGAAAUCUUAUGGAUACAAAUGAGCAAUUAGGAGACAACGAUAGUCGUCUAUCAAGUCAAAGUUCUUCAGUACUGAACUUCUUGGAAUCCUUGGGCAAUGAAUGCUUGUCUUAUCCUGAGACUGAAAUUAGAAAUAAUGUAACGGAGAACAUUGACUUUCAGUUGGAUUUAUUUUCAUUCAAUAAUGCAUAGUAAAAAGAACUAAUUAUAUG